CAACCAUUCACAAAUUAAAUCAUUCACUCACCAUUUCUCCAAGAAAAUACAUUUAUUUAAUUUAUAUAUUUUUCACAAUGGCUUCCAAGAAGUUUUUCUCUACUCUUGCUCUAUUGCUUUCCCUUAACCUAAUUUUCUUCACAUUUGUUUCAAGUUGUAACACUUGCCCUAAACCUAAACCUAAACCAAAGCCAUCAUGUCCACCACCACCAUAUGUACCAAAAUACAAAACUUGUCCAAUUGAUACCUUAAAAUUAGGUGUUUGUGCAAAUGUUCUUGGAUUAGUUAAUGUUGUUGUUGGUUCACCACCAGUCACACCUUGUUGUAGUCUUAUUUCUGGACUUGCUGAUGUUGAAGCUGCCCUUUGUCUUUGUACUGCUCUUAAGGCUAAUGUCUUAGGGAUUAACCUUAAUGUCCCUAUUUCAUUAAGCUUGCUUCUUAAUGUUUGUUCCAAGAAAGUUCCUAGUGGAUUCCAAUGUCCUAAUUAGUUGAAUUGUUUGAUUUAAAGUUUAAAGAUAGGUAGCAUCAGCACCGACUCUAUAAAGUCAGAAUCGAAUUAAUUUUUCUCUUUGUUGAUUUCUUUUUUAAUUCAUUCGUGAAUAAUAAUUUAAGGGGUGCUUCCCUUUUCAUUGUU